AUGAGGGCUUGGCGCACGAUGCAGCUGCGGCUCAAUGUCGACGACACGCCGGACGACACCGUCAUCCUCCAAGAACAUGAGCGGCCCGGCAAGCUGUUUACGUAUGGCUCGGCGCCGCGGCUGGCUGGCUUGGGCGCAGACGGAUUGCGAGAGGUGAUCGGCCUGAAACGCGGCGACACCAUACUCGUUGUCGGCACCAACACGCUGGACUACCUGCACAUUGAAUAUGCUGCUCUUUGGAGCGGCGUGGUGGCUGCCCUCGGAAACGCAUCGGCGACGACCAGCGACCUGGUGCACCUCAUCGACACGGCCCAGCCGGCAGCCAUCUUUUGCGACCCGGGCCCGUUGAUGGAGAACAUGGCUGCAGCCCUUGCGCAGUCGACCCAGCCACGUACACAAAUUAUCGGCAUCGGCACACGCGGCACGGCCAAACUGGCAUUUCCAGCCGAUUGCAUCAAGGACACAGAUGCCGACCCAGUGCAGGCGCCCCUCGACCUGUCAUCCAUCGACAACCACACGGAGCCUGCUCUCAUCUGCUUCAGUUCCGGCACGACGAGCGGCCGCCCAAAAGCCGCCGUCCUCAGCCACCACAACGUGCUCGCCUACCCGCUGUUGUACCGCGCCAGUGAACCCACGACGGCCAACCACAGCCAGCGCGACGUAUUCUACGCACCUCUCGCGCACAUCUACGGCGUGUUCGUGGCGACGACGAUGCCCGUCUUCACAGGCGGCUAUGUGCGCCUGAUGCGGUCGUACAGCCUACCGGCCUAUCUCGCCGCGUGUGCCGACGCCCGGGCCACGACGCUGCGCAUGGUGCCGCCGACGCUCGUGGCCAUGGUGAAGCUGCUGCAGCAGCAGCAGGCGGGGGGCCACAAGGACGCGUUGGAUCUCUCCAGCGUCACCUCCAUCGUCUGUGCCGGUGCGAUGCUGGCGCCGGAGAUGAUUGGUGCCGUCCACUCCCUCCUGGGAGAGAGCGUCGCCAUCGUCCAGGCGUAUGGCAUGACCGAGGGCCUGGCCACGAUUGUCAACCGCUUUGCCGCGGCGCGCAAGCAGGGCAGCGUCGGCCGGCCAGUGUCGGGCGGACAGCUGCGGAUUGUCGAUGAUCACCUGCAGGACGUGCAGCCGGGCGACACAGGCGAGAUUGUCAUUUCGUCGCCGACCGUCUUCAUGGGCUACAAGAACGACAAGGCAGGCACGGCAGACGCGUUCCCAUACUCUCCGUCUGGUGGCAACGCAGACAACACCGCUUUCCUGCGCACAGGCGAUGUCGGCCACAUGGACGACGGCGGCUUCCUCUGGCUGACCGACCGCAAAAAGGACAUGAUCAAGUACAAGGGCCACCAGGUGUCGCCCGCCGAACUCGAGAACCUGCUGCAUGCCCACCCGCUCGUGCAGGAAGCUGGUGUCUGCGCCGCCUGGGACGCCGUGCAGCAGACCGAGGUGCCCGUGGGCUAUGUCAACCUGGUGUCGUCCGUCGCAGACGGGCGUCGUGCCAGCGUGCUCGACGACGUCCGUGCCUCUGUCGACGGCCAAGUCGCCCACCACAAGAAGCUGCGCGGUGGUCUGUUCUUUUUGGCGACGAUGCCACGCAACGCCACGGGCAAGCUACUGCGGCGGAAUCUGCCGGCGCGGCUGGAAGCGGCACGGACAUCGAAACUUUAA